AUGGCAUACCUGCUGAGGUUCCACAGGAAUCCUCAGCAGUAUAAUCCACCUAGACAGAGGAGAGAGAGGACUUUUCGAAGAGAAGUAUUUGACUUUGAUGGCUAUACUGAUUCUGAACUGCGUGCAAGGUUUCGUUUUGGCAGAGAAGGCAUUAAUUUGAUAGAGAGAAUGUUGGAAGAGGAACUGCAGCCUGCGACUGGCAGGAGCUGUUCUCUCUCGGUGAGGGAACAAGUUCUUAUCGCUUUACGUUUCUAUGCCUGUGGCUCGUAUCUCCAAGUGGUUGGUGAUACAAUCGGUGUCGACAAGGGCACGGUGUGCAGGGUUGUGAGAAAGGUGUCGUUAGCCCUAUGCAGAAGGAAAGACCAAUUAAUUCAAUUCCCAACAGACCCCAGGGAGAAGGCCACGAUCCGCCGUGGGUUUUUUAGGAUUGCCAGAUUCCCUGGGGUCAUCGGCUGUUUGGACGGAACACACAUUAGGAUAACGGCGCCCACGAUAAAUGAGCCUGCAUUCGUAAAUAGAAAAAACUACCACAGUUUGAAUGUCCAGGCUAUAUGUGACCACAAAGGUAGAUUUACAAAUAUCGUCGCCCAGUGGCCUGGUAGUGUCCAUGAUGCCCAUAUCUUUUCCACAUCAGCGGUUGGGCGUCACCUAAAUCAAAACCAGCAACCAGAGGAUGGGGUCCUCCUAGGCGAUAGUGGUUAUGCCUGCAGGCCAUAUUUAAUGACACCAUAUCUUCACCCUGUAGGGAGAGCCCAAAGGAGGUUUAAUAGGGCCCACAGGAGCACAAGAUAUCUCAUAGAGCGAGUGUUUGGCAUGUGGAAAAAGAGAUUUGGUUGCCUAAAUAUAGGAUUCAGGAUGGCCCCAGCUAGAGUGAGUACCAUAGUUGGAGCAUGCGCCAUCCUCCACAACAUUGCAAUAAACUUGAAGGAGCCCAUUCCUGACAAUGUACAAGUGCCUGCAGACAAUGGUGACAUGGGGGUGCAGUAUCAAGGACCCCAAGAUGGUCGUGCAGUCAGGGAUCAUCUUGCUACAACAUAUUUUGCAUGA